AUGGACAAAAAUUGGGGCCUCAAUGAUGGCGAUGCCGUUAAGAUUGCUAUAUUAUAUUUCAUACAUACGUAUAUCUUGUCCAAUGAGAAGAAUGCUACAAGGAUACCAAGGCUACAUUUUGAAUUGGUGGAGACUGGUAGAUACAGAGAUUUCCCAUGGGGUAAGUUAGCAUUCCGCGAUUUGAUCAAAAGUGUCAGCCAGAAGAUGACUGUUGAGAAAAAGUUUUAUAGGCUUCAUGGAAUGCCCCUUGCCAUGCAAGUAUGGUUGUACGAGUGUUGUUCAUGUGUUGACAACACUCUUGCAGUUAAGUCGGGUUACAACAUCCCCAGAAUUCUUAAUUGGAGGACCAUAGAAAGCCAACCAACUUUUAAAGACCUGAUGGACGACAUGUUUAAAGAAGAUAACAACCCGGAUAUGCAUUCAUUUGACAACAUAGUGCCGACUAUUAAUGAGGUUGUUUGUCUUCAAUUGCCCCCGCUUGUCAUUGGUGUGGCACAAACUACCACUGCCCCGAUUCUUGUAGAUGAUGAUUUUGAUGAUUUUAGUUCUACCCCACCUCACAAGAAACGUAAGGAGAGAACUGUUGGAGGUUCUUCAUCCAAGAAAACAUGUCCUCGCCCCGAAACAGUUCCAACUUCCAACAUUAAUACCCGUGGGAAGAUGCCUUUUGUACAAUCUAAAAUGCCAGUUUCUCCAAACUCCAAUCAGCAAGUGCAUCCAAAAACCCCAUUUGUCCAGCAUGACAUCCCGACAACCAACAAACAAGACGAGUUGUCUCUCAUAAGGCAAGAUCUUGAUGAUUUUAAGAAGUUGGUCAAGGACGAGUUUAAUGAUCUUCGCAAAACGAUUAAUGAUCUUUACACAACGAUGAACGAUCUUCACACAACGAUCAAUGACAACUUCACAAAGGUUUUUCAAGCUAUCAAAGGGAAUAAUGAUUCGGACAAGGUAAAACCAAACAAUUAA